UCAGCACUUCGAAGUUGCUUGGUUUGUUCGUUCGUUGGUUCGGACAGCCUGCCUGGUGCCUGCCACCUGCAACCGAUCGGAUUCUAAUCGAUUUUGUCGUCGUCGAGUGCGUGUCGGGUCGGACGCCGCCCGUUGUCGCCCCUUGUCGCGGCGAUGGACGGAUAGAGGAUGGGCUCGUGCCUGUGCAAGGAGAAAAAGCGGCGGCGGCGGCGCCGCUGGUCGGACGAGCAGCAGCAGCAGCAGCAGUCCGUGGACGAUCAGGCCGAUCCGUGCGACAGCAGGCGGCCCGUCUCGUCCAUCUCCGGACGGCUGAUCAUCGACCACGAGCUGCCGCUGCCCACGAGGACGGCCAGGACCGCGGCCGUCCCUUGCCCGCUCACCAUCGACCAUCUAGUCCUGGAAACGCUCUCCGUCAUUCGCACCCUGGUCGAGAACGAGCAAGAGCCACCCGCCUCGAUGAUUAAGCUGCAUGUGAUCGCCGACAAGGAGGAAGGCUGGCUCGCCCUGGUCACCUCCAUGGUCAGGGUCAUCCCCCUGGAGGACCCCCUCGGCCCUGCCGUCAUCACCUUGCUGCUCGACGACUGCCCCCUACCGACAAGGGAAUCGGUGUUGAGGCUGGCCUUGCUGUUCAACCUGUCGGCGGAGCGGUCGGAGGAGGGCCGGCGUUUUCCGAUGCAGCAGCGCAACAUCUGCGUGGUGCUGGGCUGCAUCGCGGAGAAGAUGGCCGGGCCGAACAGCAUCGCCAUCCUGACCAAAGGCACGCUCGACUACCUGAUCACAAACCUGCUCGCCUUCCAGAAAGAGGACAUGAACCCGUCGGUCAUCCUCUUCUCGCUGGUCGCCCUCGAGAAGUUUGCCCAGACCACUGAAAAUAAAAUGACAAUUCAGCGGUAUUUGAAAGAAUACGAGACGAACCCGCUGCUGGGUCUGGAGCAGUGGAUCGGCAACCCUGACUACGUAAAACGCCAGGUCGGCUUCUGUGCCCAAUGGUGCCUCGACAAUUUGUUUUUGGUGGAGGGUCGGCCAUUUUCGUUCAACUGUGUCGACCUGUCCAACAUCAACGUUAUGCUCAAUACUAAAGAUGUCAGCGAGUAUUUGAAAAUUUCCCCUAAUGGGCUAGAGGCUCGAUGUGAUGCCUUCUCGUUUGAAAGUGUUCGCUGCACUUUCCAAGUGGACGAAGGCAUUUGGUAUUAUGAGGCGGAAAUCGUUACGCCAGGAGUCAUGCAAAUCGGCUGGGCCACCAGGGACAGCACCUUCCUAAACCACGAGGGUUACGGCAUUGGCGACGAUGAGUUCUCGUUGGCGUACGACGGCUGCCGGCAACUUUUCUGGCACAAUGCGCGGUGCGAGGCGCAGUCGAGGCAGUGCUGGCGGCCUGGCGACAUCCUCGGCUGCCUGCUUGAUCUCGAAAAGCCCGAGAUCUGUUUCUAUGUCAAUGGACAGCCCCUCGGCUCCAGCACGCAUGUCACAUCCAACAACAACGUCUUCAAGUCAGCCAGGUCUGGAUUUUUCGCUGCUGCGAGCUUCAUGUCAUUCCAGCAGUGCAAGUUCAACUUUGGCAGCAGUGCGUUCAAGUACCCACCGGUGGACAGGAAGUUUAAGAGUUUCAACGAUCACGCCCACUUGGACGCUGAGGAUAAAAAGAUUUUACCUAGACACAUACGCUUAGAACAGCUCCGCAAACUGAGCGUGCGUGAUGACUCUUGUACCUUGUGCUUCGAUGAUUACGCCUCUGUUCAGCUCACUCCUUGCGGACACAGAGGCUUUUGUGGUAACUGUGCCAAACAGCUGGCCGAGUGUCCUAUGUGCAGAGCAACAAUUAAAGAGAAGCAGCCAUGCGAGUCUGAACGAGAGGCUGACAAACGGGCGGGAGAGACGUGACCCUCACCCCUGAGGCGCUUCAGGUCUGCCACUCAAGAAUAAUAAUCUUAUGCUAAUUUAGUGUCAUCUAUGAAUCGUGGAAACUGUGAUGAAGCAUUUAAUUGUUAAGUUGAGGAUAGACAUAGCACAAGAGAAAGAGAGUUAUUUGUAAAUUAUUUGACGAGAGGUUGCAACAACCACGCGGAGAGUUCGUUUGGCAUUGGGUCGUUCGAGAUUUGACGCAACGUCGUUCAUAGUUCUAGUCUGAGAUUCCAUGCAGUCAGUUUUGGCCCAAAAUUGCGCGGGCUUGGUUUCGGAAGGGCAGUAAAAUUCCACAUUUGUUGGCAAAAAUUUGUUUUGGAGGCUACGACACCGCGUGUUUGGAUUUUGCUAUUGCUGCUUUCCAACACGAUAUUUCUCUGUUAAUUGAUACCAAGGAUCAACCACGGCUAUGAGUAUUUCAUUUCCUAUUCAAUACAAUAAUGCAUACUCUAAUUUAUAAUGACCGCCAGUUUUAAUUGAAUAAAAUACUUUUCAGUAAA